CUUGCCUCCACCGGAGGCUUUUAAUUAAACUUCAAAACUAACACAAAAACCAAAAAAACAAAAAACAAAAACGUUAGGAGAAUCAAACCGUUGUUGGUUUUUCACGUUUCUUCCCAAUUAUGGCCAUUUCUGGAGGAUCUUGCGUACUUGCCAUUCUUCUUUUGGCCUUUUACCAGGCCCGGGGUCUUGAGGAAUCACAAAUUGCUUUUCCUCCCGGUGGUGCGGCCGUGGAUGCACCUGCUUUUUCUCCGGGUGGUGCGGAUGAUCAAUAUGCUCUUCCUCCGGGCGGUGCGGGGGAUGCACCUGCUUUUUCUCCGGGCGGUGUGGGGGCUUCACUAAUUGCUGUUCCUCCAGUUGGUUGGCCCGGUGACUUCGCUCUUCCUCCUGGCAGUGCGGGGGAUGCACCUGCUUAUUCUCCGGGUGGUGCCGAUGAUGCAUACGCUCUUCCUCCUGGCGGAGCAGGGAAUGCCCCCGCUUAUUCUCCGGGUGGUGCCGAUGAUGCAUACGCUCUUCCUCCGGGCGGCGCAGCGGGUGCACCUGCUCUUUCUCCGCCAGGUGGCGCGGGGGCAUAUAACGAACUUGCGGAUGAUGACCUUUUUGAUACUCAGGGUGUGUCGGAUACAUUUGCUAAUUCUCUCACUGUUGUUAAACCACAACCACGUCGGGGUCGGAAUUUUGACAUUCCAGAUCCUUCUGAGAAAAUUUUUAAUGUAUUACAAUUUGGAGCCAAAUCUGACGGAAAGAAAGAUUGCGCCCAGGCUUUCAUUAAAGCAUGGCGUGCCACAUGCGACUUCAAUGGAAAAGCAAGGCUUGUGAUUCCGGGAGGGACUUUCUUACUAUCUCAGGUUGUGUUUGGUGGGCCAUGCAUUGGCCCAGCUCCCAAAAUUGUUCAAGUUGUAGGGAACCUUAAAGCCACAACUGACAUCAGUGAAUAUUCUUCCCCUGAAUGGUUCUUGUUCGAAUCCAUAAGUGGCUUGGUAAUUAUAGGACCAGGCACUUUUGAUGGCCAAGGUGAUGCUGUUUGGGAAUACAACGACUGUAAAAGUAACCAAAACUGCGCUCAACUCCCAUCUAACAUAAAGCUCAUCAAGGUUAAAAAUGCAAUUGUUCGAGGCAUCAGUUCCGUUAAUAGCAAAGGAAAACACUUGUUCAUCACAAUGUGCGAGAAGAUCAGAAUUCAAAAGCUUCAUUUAACUGCCCCCGAAGACAGCCCCAACACCGAUGGCAUCCACAUUAGCAAUACCAACGAUGUCAGAAUAGUUCAAACUAACAUUGCCACAGGUGAUGAUUGCAUCGCUAUUAUCGCCGGAGCCACCAACGUUUUCGUCAAUAGAUUAACCUGUGGCCCUGGACAUGGCAUCAGUGUGGGAAGCCUCGGGAAGUACCCGGAUGAGAAGGAUGUGAGAGGCAUCACUGUGAGCGAUUGCACCUUCACCGGCACAGAUAAUGGUGUUAGAAUCAAAACAUGGCCGGGAUCGCCGCCAAGUGCAGCGUCGGGGAUGCUUUUCCAGAACCUUAUCAUGAACAAUGUUAGAUUCCCCAUCAUCAUAGACCAAGAAUACUGCUCAUCAAAAACUUGUAGCAACAAAGGGACUCCAUCACGUGUACAAAUCAGUAACGUUCAUUACAUAAACGUCAGGGGAACCUCAACAACAGCAUUUCCAGUAAAGCUCAUGUGCAGCAAGCAGUUUCCUUGCAAAGAUGUUCAGUUAACUAACAUCGAUCUCAGGUACAACGGCUCGCCUGCCACCUCUACAUGCGACAAUGCUAAAGUUCGGUAUUCUGGCAGACAAAACCCACCACCUUGCAAAUAGCUGCCUCCGCUUCAAAUUAAUAACAUC